AUGACCGAAGAGGAAGUAGCGCUGUUUCGUCGACGAGAAAUGGACAGUAGCGUUGUGUUGCCAAAAAAUAUAGUAUACCUUUUCGUCAGUAACAAAGAGGUGGACAGUUUUAACGACGCCAGGUUAGAGUCGUACGAAACGGAACGGGCCGAGUCGAUCGCUGUCGACGUGGUAAAAGGUAGUUGCACGGACAAGGUAAAAGAAGACCUUUUAAGGAGAGCGCGUGAAUUGCCCAAACAAGACUGCAUGGGUCUAAUGUUUGUUCUCAAGUUGCAGGUCGAUGCCAAGGACAUAGUUUCCAUAAACAUCAAUACCAACGAUGGUAUCGUAAACGGUGCAGCAGGCUUCCUCAGAAAGAUCGACUACGACGAUCAAAAACGGCCCCGUUUGCCAUGGAUGGAAAAAAGCAGAAAUCAUUGGGUUCGCUGCGACGACAUUUCUGCUCAAGCAGAUUUCGACAACACGUUAAAGGACGUGUACCUAAUGUUUUUGGAGAAACUGUCGUAA